AUGCUGGAGAUCGUCCCAUGGGAACAAUUGGCGCCUGUUUAUAAAAAAGGCGUCAGAAGCUCGUCUUUGAAAGAAAGGGUCAGCACAUUGAAAUCAAUUGAGCUGAGCUUGAAUGAGAUUGAAAAUGCAGAAUUGCAAGCAGUUGUAAACGUAUUGCUUGGUACAUACAACUUUUAUCAGGACACUGAUUCAAGAAAUGCCGUGUUGGAGGUGUUACUCGGGAUAAGCAAGGCGGAGAAAAGAUUGCUCUCACACUAUGUGGACUUUAUCGUCAAAGAGAUUGCUGGAACGACAUUGGCCAUCACCGAUUAUUUGACUUUACUACAAUGGAUAAAUACGUUCACUAUAGAGCUUGCCAAGGAAAAGGACUUGAGCGAAAGAUGUGUCUCCAUUCAAUCAAAGCUAUUUGUCAAGUGCACAGAGCAUGAGGGUAAGUCAACAAAGCAUUUGGAUAGAGUGACAAAGUCAGCCAUCACAGCUACAAAGACAAGCAUUGCCCACACCUUGCUUGAGGACGAUACUUACAUGGAGCUUGUAAUAAAUCACGAUUGUUUUUCCUUGUUUGGUGUGUUGAACCUGGCGGCAAUCGAACUUAUACCAAAGAAGCCAUCAGUGCUUGAAAAAUUCAAGACCUAUGAAACAAAAGUGUUGACCACGUUUAUCAACUUGGUGUUGCUAGGAAAGAAAGCUCCGUCAAAAUUUGAAGUGGAACAGUUCAGUCCAUGUGUGGAGACAUUGGUGAACGAGGAAAACUUCAACACUCUCUUGCUUCCAGCAAUUGAAAAGGCCAUUCUCAGGUCUUCAGAAAACUCAUUUGGUAUCGUGCUCCCCAUCUUUUUUAAAAGCCUACAAAUCAAAAUCACGCCAUCAUCAAAACUUUUAUCGUCAAUUAUUUCCGGAGUCAAGUCUCAAAAAGAGCACGUCAGAGUUGGUGCUUACGAUACUUUGGUCUUGGUAGUGACCAGAUCAAAGGACGAUAUAACCGAGGAUAUUGUCAAAACUAUCAAGACAACAACAAAUGCGGAAUCAAAGUCUCUUUUGGUAAGAAGUCUCCUCAAAACUGAUGCCUCAGAAAAGGUGUUGGACGCAUUGCUUCCCUUGGUUUCGAAAGAGCAAAAUGAGAUAUCGCUCAGUAGUUUAGUUGAUGUAUUUGCAUUCCAUGCAUUCAAAGCAAGCAAGUUUGACGAAAACAUCAUCAAAGCAUUCACUACCGGAUUCAAAUCAAAGUUUAAACGUGUUUGGUUUGUCGAGUAUGGGAAACAUGCUUUGGGGAAAGAGCAACCCGACUUUUCUUCUGUGUUCAAUGAGACAUUGUCUGAAAUUGAAAAAUCGCCAGCAGCCAACAUCAAAAACAUAGCCUCAGCAUUUGUGAUUUUGACACUCACACAUAAAGACUCCCCCUUGCUUGAUGAGACAAAAAUUUUUGAGAAACUAGACACCACUGAUUUGUACUGGUUUGUCAAAGACUUGUAUAAUCAUCCAAAAGGUUGGUUGUAUGUGCUCACUGGAAGAAAAGUUCCAUACAGCAUAAAGAGGCUAGCUCAGCAACGCUUCAGAGAGGAGGUCGAAGUCAACUUGGGUUUAAGUGAUGGGGUAAUUGCAGAAGCCUACACAUUAGACCGAGAGGUUUGUAACCCUAGAGACCUCAGUGUUGUGUUUGCUAUAUUAACUCAGCUAAAGGAGGUGGACCAAGUAAAGUCAAACGCGGUCAAGUUAAUCAUCAUGGCCAACGACCCAAGCAUACGUAUCAACGGUGGCUGGAUAGGUCUUGUACAAAGAAGCGGACACAAAAUUGAUAUUGGUAAAUUGGUCAAGAAUAAUUACCAACAAAUUUUUAAUGAAUGUGUGGCCACUGCAACUGACAACUCCAUAAAGGCACUCGCGACUAUUGCUUUUGUUGAGCCUGACUCAGUAGACGUGAUCACCAAGUUUAUUGACCAAAGUUUAACUGUUGAACAUAUAGACGAGGUGUCAAAAUCCAUCUACUAUGGAAAAGAAGGUGAAAUGGUCAUUGACGUGACUGCAAAGAAACCUAAAGCCUUGGACAAGAAUGCCAAGGAUUAUGAAAUCAAAGCUUGGGAGGAAUCAAUUGGAAAAGAGUUGAAACAAGCAAAGAAAUUGACUCCCGAAGAAAAGAAACUUGUUGCAGAGCAAGUUGCUAAGGAGUCAAAGAUUAGAAGUGACAUCGAAUCCACAGUGAAGAAGGUCAACUUUGCCAUUGGAUUGAUUGAUGAAUUGGCGAUACAAGCCAAAGUAGUCAGAAAUGGAGCCGAGUCUUGGUUCCCAACUAGUGUAAAGAAAUUGCUUGACUUGGCAAUAAGUGAAGGCGAAUUCUUCAAAAGUGCAGACACUUUUAUCAACCUUUCCAAUUUGAUUACAUCGCGAUUUGAAAUCUUGAAGACAUUUGUUGGUGUUGCCAUUUUAAGAUUAUAUGGGGUCAAGGUCGACCCCAAGUAUGAAGAGGAACCUUUGGAGUCCCUACUUGGUAGAAUUUUGUACCGUGUCAAGAUUUUGAGUGAUCAAAGCCCAUUGGAUGCCGUGUCGUUGGCGUAUGUGCUCCCACUAUUGAUUAAAGUAUUGCAAAUUGGGCAAGCGGCAGCUUUCAAAAACUCAAAGAAAAUUGCCGUCACGUCCGAGUUUGUUGAAAAUGACCCCGAAGAAGAGCACUUGCUUCUAAGUGUGGAAAUCAUUUCUGCCCAUGCUGAAUUAUUUGCUGAUGCUGGAAUACCAAGAACAAGCAUUUUGAGAAUACUAAUCUCGCUCAUGGCUGUUCCAUCAAAGGCCAAGUUGGUUAAGGAAUGUUUUCUUUCAUUGUGCCAAUAUAUUGCUGUUAACAUUUCUGAUGAAGAUUUGCAGCUAUUGUUGGCAAAUGUAGUGUCACCACACGUAUUUGUUAGAUCAACAAUUUUGGAAGGGUUGGACUCUGAGUUUGAGUUGAGUGCCUACUCCAAGGAAGUGUAUGUUGCCACUUACGACACCGACAAUAAUUGUCGCGAAUUGGCAAAAACAAUUUGGGACGACAAUUCCUUGAGCGUGCCAGAUACAACCAACUUACUUGACUUGUUUGGGUUGCAGGAAGCAGGAUUAAGAAUGUCAGUGGCACAAGCGUACCGAGAUGCAUCUAUUCAAACAGGCAUCGACUUGGACGAGUUGUUUAAUUUAUACAUUGCAAAAAAGAAUCCACCAGCUCCAAAAUUGGAUGAGUUUGGUCUUGUUAUAAAGUCAACUAUUGAUCAAAGAGAUAGAUGGGAAGAGAGAUCAACGGUGGCCUUAGCUCUUAAGUUCCUAGUGCCCCAUUUGUCUGAAUCUGAUGUGGAGAAACUUUUCAAAUUUCUUGUUGAAGAGGCUUUGGGUGACAAGGAUCAAAAUGUACGUCAGCAAUACCAGGAUGCAGGUGUUGUUGCCAUUGAAGCUCACGGUGCGGAAAAUGUCGAGGCUUUGAUUAGAAUCUUUGAAGACAGCUUACAAGCAAAGAAUAUAAAGGAACCAAUUGUCGUGUUGUAUGGUACAUUGGCACGCCACUUGGAACCUACGGAUGAACGUUUAAGAGUGAUUUUCGAUCGUUUAAUGAAAUCUUUGGACACCCCAAAUGUGCAGUUUGCUGUAUCGGAAUGUAUUGCUCCAUUGGUGCCCUCAUUCAAAGACGAUCUUGCUAGUUAUUUCGAUGCAUUGUUUACAACAUUGUUUACUGGCAAGACCCUCUCCAAGCGUCGUGGUGCUGCGUUUGGUAUUGCUGGGUUGGUUAAGGGUGAUGGAGUGAGAGCUUUAUCCGAUUACGAUGUAAUUAGAACUUUGACCGAUGCAUCUGAUGACAAAAAAGAUGCCGUAAAAAGGGAAAGUGUCUCCUUGGUGUUCGAAAGCUUGUCAAAGAGUUUGGGCAAAUUCUUUGAACCAUUUGUGUUUGAAAUCUUGCCAAUCAUUUUGAAAAAUCUUGGUGAUAUGCUGAGCGAGGUGAGAGUUGCUACUGAUAACGCAGCAAAGGAAAUCAUGAAAAACACUACAUCUUUCGGUGUCAAGAAACUUAUCCCCUUGGCCAUUUCCAAUCUUGAUGAAAUUGCAUGGAGGUCUAAGAAAGGUUCCGUUGAAUUGCUUGGUGCAAUGGCGUACCUUGAUCCAGAACAAUUGUCAGCGUCAUUGUCAAUAAUCAUUCCUGAAAUCGUUGGUGUAUUAAAUGACACGCACAAGGAAGUGAGAAAAGCAGCUGAGCAGUCACUUAAACGAUUUGGUGAAGUGAUUAGGAACCCAGAAAUUCAACAAAUUGUGCCCUACUUGAUCAAUGCAAUUGGCGACCCAACAAAGCACUUGGAUGAUGCAUUGGAUAAAUUGACAAAGACUCAGUUUGUGCACUACAUCGACAGCUCAUCAUUGGCAUUGAUCAUCCAUGUCAUUCACCGUGCAAUGAAGGAUAGAUCGGCAUCCACCAAAAAGAAAGCGUGUCAGAUUGUUGGUAACAUGGCGAUUUUAGUCGACUCAAAGGACUUGCAGCCAUACUUGAAUGAAUUGGUGGAGGAGUUAGAGACCGCUAUGGUUGACCCUGUGCCUGCAACUAGAUCAACUGCUGCUAGAGCUUUGGGAUCAUUGGUGGAAAAACUAGGCGAGGAGCAAUUCCCAGGAUUGAUUCCAAAAUUAAUUGCCACUUUGCAAGACGAAUCGAAAGCCGGAGAUCGUCUUGGUUCAGCACAAGCUUUGUCGGAGGUCAUUUGUGGUCUUGGUACAAACAAAUUGGAGGAACUUUUGCCAUCAAUCAUCUCAUCGGCAUCGUCGCCUCGUGCUGCAGUUAGGGCUGGAUUUAUGCCGCUUUUGCUUUUCUUACCUGUUUGCUUCGGUUCGCAAUUCGCACCAUAUUUGAAUCGUAUCAUUCCUCCUAUAUUGAAUGGGUUGGCAGAUCAAGAUGAAGAGAUUAGAGAGACUGCAUUGAGAGCUGGUAGAUUGAUUGUCAAGAAUUACGCUAAAAAGGCAGUUGACUUGUUGUUGCCAGAAUUGGAAGCUGGUUUAUCCAACGAAUCAUACCGUAUCCGUCUUUCGUCAUUGGAACUUACUGGAGACUUGUUGUUUCAAAUCACUGGUCUUUCUGGUAAGAAUGAACUCAUUGAGGAUCAAAUGGUUAAUAAGACACUUGCCCAAGUCUUGGGUCAAGACCGUCGUGAUCGUAUCUUGGCUGCCUUGUUUGUUUGUCGUUCUGAUGUUGCAGGUAUGGUCAGAAAUGCCAGUGCUGAUAUUUGGAAAGCUCUUGUUGCCAAUACACCAAGAACAGUAAAGGAAAUCUUGCCUACAUUGACGACAUUAAUUGUUCAAAAAUUGGCGUCAGAUGAUGAAACACAGAGGACAAUUGCUGCUCAAACAUUGGGUGACAUGGUUCGUCGUGUUGGUGCAAAUGCAUUACCGCAAUUGUUGCCUUCAUUGAAAGACGCCAAGGAUCAAGAAGGUGCUUGUAUUGCAUUGACGGAGUUGAUCAAAUCUACAUCAAUGGAGGGUCUCACUACAUAUAAGGACACAUUUAUUAGUAUCAUCUACAAUGGACUCAUCACCCAGGAUAAACCGACAAGAAACGCCGCUGCACAAGCAUUUGAACAAUUGUAUGAGCAAAUUGGUAAGGUUGUUAUUGAUGAGAUUAUCCCGCAGUUGUUGUCAGAAUUGAGCAACUCGUCAGCUUCAUUAUUGGCAUUGAAGGAGUUGAUGGCGUCGAAAUCGGACAUCAUUUUCCCAAUCACGUUGCCGUCAUUAUUGGAACCCCCUGUGGACGCCGUGGCAUUGGCAUCAUUGGCAUCAGUAGCUGGUACAGCAUUGUACAAGAGAUUAUCAACCAUUUUAAACACAUUGAUUGCGUCAAUCAUUGCUGGUGAAGACAUUUCUGAAGAAUUUAACCAGGUGUUGUUAUCAGUGGAAGAUGAUGGUGCCCACUUGUUGAUGCAACAAUUACUCGCCUUAAUGAAGCAUGAAGAUCCACAAAUUAGACAAGUUAUAUUCACUCAAUCAAGGGACUUUUUCGAACAUGCAACAUUGGAUUACUCAAUGUACCUCGAAGACAUUGUUUACCAAAUGAUUCUCUCUUUGGCUGAUCCAUCACCCGAAGUCGUUAAAGCAUCAAUGGAAUCACUCACAGUAUUGAUCAAGAAACAACCAAAGGAAUUGUUGGAAAAACUUGUGAAACCAUCGUAUCAAGCCCUUAGAUUAACUGGUGUAUCAGUGCCGGCAUUUGCAUUACCAAAGGGACCAAACUGUAUUUUGCCAGUGUUUUUGCAUGGAUUGAUGUAUGGGUCAUCUGAUCAACGUGAAUUAUCGGCAUUGGCCAUAGCCGAUAUUAUUGAAAAGACACCAGCGGAAAACUUGCGGACAUUGGCAACCAGCUUAACUGGUCCAUUGAUUAGAGUCAUUGGUGAAAAAGUGGCGUCAAAUAUCAAGUCAGCCAUUCUUGUUGCUUUGAACAAUUUGUUGAUCAAGAUUCCUCAAUUUUUGAGACCUUUCAUCCCACAAUUGCAAAGAACAUUUGUUCGUUCAUUGAGCGAUGGGUCAAAUGAUACAUUGAGAAAACGCGCGGUUGUGGCAUUAUCAACCUUGAUUAAGCACCAACCUCGAGUCGAUUCGUUAAUCACCGAAUUGGUGACAAAUUCCAAAUCCACUGAUGAUUCAGGAGUCAAGGCAUCGAUGUUGCAAGGAAUGUUGGCAGUGGUUGAAUUGAAAGGCAAAGAGUUGAAUGAAGCAUCAAAGACAAGUUUGUUAUCAGUGGUUGAAGAAGAGAAUAUUGACUCAGUGUCUUCCGCCAAGUUGUUGGGAUCAUUGGCAAAUGUAUUGACACCGGAGGAGACAAGUGUAUUGUUGCAAAAGAAGGUUAUCAAUACCCAAAGCAAAUUUUCCAUUUUAGCAAUCAAUGCAUUUUUGAAGUAUGCACCUGAAUUGGUGAAGCAUAAUCAUGAAGUUGUUGAAUUUGUCGUGUCUUGUUGUGAUUCAGCUACAUCUUAUAUAAGCGACAACGCCACCAUUGCCAUUGGUAAAUUGGUGCUUAGUGGAGUUGACGAUGAGAAAUUGUAUCAACAAUUGGCUAAAAAUGCCAUUCAACCCAGCUCAGCAUCCCCUGACACGAGAAGAUUAUCAUUGAUUGUGGUUAGAACUGCGGCUCACAAGAGCUUGAUCCCACAAGAGUAUCUUGAUUUCCUUGUUCCCAGUGUAUUUAGCUCAGUUCGCGAUCCAAUCAUUCCUAUCAAAUUGGCAGCGGAAAAGGCGUACUUGGAAGUGUUUUCCAUUGUUGAUCAAGACUUGAAGGUGUUUGAUGAGUGGUUUAAGGGAAAGACUGACAUUGCUACAGUUACAGGAAUUACCAUUGUUCCCAGAUCCAUCGGUGACUACACCAAGAGAGUUGCUGUUCGAUUGGCCAAUGUUGAAAGGGAGCGUAUCGAACAAGGUGGUGAUGAAGAGACAUUGUUUAGUGAUAGAAUUGAAGAUGAAAACGAGAUUUGGUCCGUUGGUGUAUAA